AUUUUUAGAAGGGUCCACUCGUUUCAACAUAGUACAUGCAGUAAUCCUGGUCAGCCAUCAUCGAAAAAGACUAUGGCAUGCUCAAAGAACCAGAUAAGCUUAUUCUUCGUGCUGUACUGUUCUGUCGAGAUACUGCUAUUUGCGGGGACAAUCUUCGGCUGGCAUUCGCUGAAUUAUGUUCUAAAGAAGGAAGGAUAUUUUGCGUACCUUUGCCGCGAUUUGGAGAAUGGGACGUUGUCUGCCUAUCAAAAAUACUCAAACUACUCGGCUGUUACAACAACGGCGUCUUUGCGGACCGAGUUAACAGAUGCUGCACGGAACAGAACGGAUGUUGACAAGAUCAUUAUCUGUGAUCCGCAGGAUUCUGCCUUCAACUUGAUCUUCACGCUCGCCGUCUGCAUUACUGGUGGAUCAGUGUUUUUCUGCGGAUUCCUCUUUGACAAGUGUGGGACAAGAUUCUGCCGUUACAUCAGUUUAACUUGUGCCAUCAUCUCCUUCCCUUUGAUUGCAUUUUCAACUCCCGAAACGUCUGUCCUGCUCUACCCUGGCAUGAUCCUGUUAAGUUUUGGCUCCUUCAUCUUGUUGCUGAGCAAUCUUCAAGUCGCCGGUCUUAUUCCUGCGAAGAAGUCAACAUUUAUGUGUGUGAUGUAUGGGUCGUUUGAUGCAGGGUCGGCUGUAUUUUUUAUUCUUAAGAUUUCUUACGCCGCUGGAUUUUCAUUGCGAAGUUACUUCCUCUGUAUGUUUGCAAUGUUCAUGACGAUGGUCGGUACUAGCACCAUUCUGUUGCACCCGAAGUACCACAUUAAGAAUCCUCUCCCUCCCGACUACGAACCCCUGUCGAUAUCGAGAUUCAUCCGGCGCAGACGUGAAAAGAAAACAUCAACAGAUGCUGUCGAGAAACUCUCAAAAGAUGAAGAGGAGAGAGCUCCAGCAAUAACUGUUCCAGCUGUUUCCAUCUCUACUGAUAAAGAUUACAACUCGGCCGAAAAUGUUCGAAAUCAGGAUUCGUGUCCAAAGAAUAAAUUUCUAAAACCUGCUGGUGAUGAUAGGAAUUUUAUGGUGCGUUCCAUGGACAGACUUCAUGAUUUACGAGACACUAACUUUGAAAAGGCACUGUCGUUACAGUCGUUGCAAGAUUUUGCAGACGUGCCUGUAGAGAGGCGCAGGUCUGAGGAAUUGACGUUAUUUGUCGGAAGUCAUGACAACUUGGCAAAAAAUCAUGUCGAUACCCUUGGGGCGGGAUCCAAGAGUAAGUGUGGUGAUGAUGUAAAAGAACCGAAGUUCAAGGAAGUCCUACUAAGUGCCAUCUACAUGUUGGACCUGUUUUGGAUAUCCGUCUUACGAUUGAGGUGUUGGUUUUUCAUGGGGACGUUCAAUCUUCAGAUCACUUUCAUGGCCAAGGGCGACGAUGCAAUUGUCAGUCACUAUACUUCAGUGUUCGCCAUCAUGCAGUUCUUUGGAUUCAUAUUUGCUCCCAUCAGUGGUAGACUGAUGGAUCGAAAGAAAAGGAAAACCGAGGGGGAUCCUCGUUUACUGAAAAUAGCUCAAGUGGAAGUGUGCGUACUGUCGUUUGCCUUGGAAAGUUUGAUAAGUGUCCUGAUGUCUAUAGCAGCCUGCAUUCCCAUCCUUGAGGUCCAGUACGUCACUUGUGCCUUAUCGGUCGUCCAGAGAGCUUUCAUGAAUGGACCCAACUCGGCAUUUAUAGCUCAAGUGUUUCCAUUGAAGCAUUUUGGAAAGCUGUUCGGAAUGUACAUGACAGUCUCAUCCGUGUUUAGUUUGCUGCAGUUCCCGAUGUUUAUCCUGGUGCAAGGACCACUCAAAGGAGACCCACUUAUUAUGAACGUGAUCCUGCUGGUGUUGAUGGUGCUGUCUUUCAUCCAUCCGGUAUACCUUUGGUGGUUUUGUCGGUCGUCUCGGCAGAAGUUCAAGAAGGAAAGGGAAGCGCAAAGCUGAGUUACGACUUGCAUCAGACAUUGUUAGAUUUAGAAAACCACCAUGUAUCUCUCGUGGUUAUGAAUAACUUUUUGGGAGAUGCAUACAUUGUGUUUAUAAGCAUUUUCAGAAACUUCGGAUGUUCAUGAAGAGCUGUCAUCACAUCCUUUAAAAAAAAGCCAACCAAGGAAAUCAGAAUCUUUGGAGUGGGAUUCUCGAACAUUCUCAAUCUCAUCAUUCAUUGUCAUUGUAGAAUCGUAGAAUCUCACUGUAUUUUUGUGAAGAUGAGUAUUUAGACUCCGUAUUUAGGGUUUGGAGGAGACUCCUGGCACAGCUAGGCAAGAUUUCCCCAAUUUUUUACCCUGUUCAAGGUGGCUGGGGCUUAUUCAAUGUAUCGUUAGAGAUUGGUGAACCCAGGUGGUACCGUGUUCACGUAGUUUUGGAGAACUGGACAUUCAAUAAAUAAAAAUGGCCGUCAAAUGAGAAUCUUCUACCGGUUAGGGAAACUGACCUCCGUCUAUGGGCACUUUUGGGCCAGCAUUUCUGUUGGUGUUUGGGUGGGAGUGUGUCAUCAGUAGGUUUAUCUUUAUGAAUUCGUAUGUGCCUUGCGAAGGGCUUUAACAACACUGCCAAAGUGUAGGGGUCGACUGGUGACCUAGAUCGGGUGUUGACCGAAACAAAAAUACAUAACGGUAGCUAUUUGCACAUCGAAAAAAAUAUCAAGAAAAUGGCGCUUAUAAUAAGGCGACUUUUGUCAUCGUGUAGCCUAAAAUUUCUCGUGACGCGACUUUUGGACAACUUUUGAGUCAACCAUGACCUGACGUUGUCACACCUCCCAAAAUCAUCGACCUGGUAAAUUUCAAUGUAACUAACAGCUACAAUGAAAAUAUAAAAAGUGCCUGUAUAUGAAUGAAUUCUUUCUACUG